CUCGUCGUGACAGUCGCGCACUUGCUUCAUUCACUCUCGGACGUUCGCUCGUGGGGGUCCGAUCUUUCUCUCCGUACACACCAAGCAGCUCCGUAAUACUUGAUCUCGCAUAUUACCACAGUGAAGUGCUCGAUAACCGCCGAUUUUUUUUCGAAGAUCGGUACAGUGUCUCGUCGCAAGAAAAAGUGCGAACGAAGGAGAGGAAAGUGAAGGCGCGGCGAAAGUAAAGGAGAGAGAGAGAGAUUCACUUUGACUCGCUCACGUGAAGCAGCAAAAUGAGGUUAUGGGCGGCGGCGACGCUGCUCCUGCUGGGUUUCCUGACGGAGGAGGUAACGGCCAGAGAAUCGGAUUACUGUUAUGCCUACGAGCAGGAUCCGUAUCUGUUGAUGGGGACCAAGACUGCCUAUCAGUUCGUGCAGGGCAGAACGAAGAUACCACCGGUUACUAACUGUGUACCAGUGCAGAUGUGGGUCCUGACGAGACACGGAACCCGCUUCCCCGGAAGAAAGGCCAUAACUCAGCUGCACACACUGCCCAAACUUCGCGACCAGAUUACCUACAAUCACGACACUAGAGGAAACGGUCGGCUGUGCAACACUGAUUUGGAGAACCUGCGCAGUUGGCAGCUGAAUCCGAAUUUGACUGAUGCGUUGGCGAAUUUCUUGACGGCACAGGGUGAGCAGGAUAUGCGAUUGCUCGCCAGAAGACUGCAGAGCGAGUUUCCCGAGAUCCUUAGGCCUGAUCCUCAGACCAUCAGUUAUCAGAAUUACAAGUUCCGCGCUACGCAGACUCAAAGGACACAGGCUAGUUUGGAAGCUUUUAUGGAUGGACUCUUCAACAGUAGAAACGCAGUGCCGGUUGAACCUACUCCCGAUAACGAUACCUUGCUCCAUCUUUACAAGAACUGCCCAGGCUGGGAAAGCAGUCUGAGUCGUGACCACGUCGACGCCGAGUCCGAGAGGUUCAUCGCCGGAUCCGAAUACCAGAAUCUGCUGCAGAGCGUCAGCCGGCGACUUGGCUUCUCUUACAAAAUCAACAAUGAUUCAGUCCAGCUGAUGUACGACAUGUGCAGGUACGAAAAAGCCUGGGAGGUAAACCGACUAUCCCCCUGGUGCGCGAUCUUCAGCUCGGAUGAGCUCAAGGUGUUGGAGUAUCUCGAAGAUCUCGAUUACUACUACUAUUCUGGACCUGGACGUGAGAUCAACAGCAAGCUUGGCUGUCCGUUGCUCAAGGACAUGUUCACGCAUUUCAGGAAUCUCGAAUCUGGAAGUUAUCGAGAGGAACCCAAAGGCAUCUUCUACUUCGGUCACACUGUGACGCUGCAGAGUCUUCUGGCGGCGCUGAACAUCGGUAAGGACAAUACGCCACUGCUGGCCAGUAACUUUCACCAAAACGGCAGGAGAAGCUUCCGUACCUCUGUUCUUGGAUCCUUUGCCUCUAACCUCAUCGCCGUUUUCUACAGGUGCGGUGAUGCAAGAUCGCCGAACAAGGUGAUCUUCUACCUUGACGAAGUUCCAGUACAGCUGGAGGGCUGUAACGUGGGCCUUUGCGACUGGGAGUAUCUAAAAGAGCGCUUCGGUCGUGAUGUCGAUCAGUGCAACCUCGACUUUUGCUACAACCCUAACUCUGCCAGUGGACUAGUCCGGAACCCCUUAGUAUUACUCGUCACCGUCUUUCUUACCGGCAUUGCGGCGCUGCGGUCGCUCUAAACGCGACUUUGAUGAUUUAUGCGUAUAGUCGCGUAUUGUACAUAUUAGAUUUAAACGUGCGACGAUCUCCCGCACCUGUGAGAAUUAAUCGUGAAUUUAUUGUAUCGUGUUUGAUGUUACCUCAUCAGCCUUAAAGGGAGGUGGGAGAUAUAGGUUCGCAAAUCCGCCACGGGGUAUUUAGUAUUUCAAAUGCCAAAAAAAAAACUAAAAGCUGUAUUGACAUUUUCUUUCGGUAGAAUGAUUCACUUAUCUCAAACCUAUGGCGCUCUGUUCAUUAUAUUGAUGAAAUUUCAAAUUAAAAAAAGUUAAUAAGUAAAAUUGGUGUUUGAGGUUGGCGCUGUAAUAGCAUAAACACGCGUAAACACCUGCUCAUAUUUCACAACUUUUACAAAAACCAAAAGUCCGAUUGGUAUUUUUUUUCGGUAGAAUGAUUCACUAAACUCAACACUAUGGCGCUCUGGUUUUUCAUUGCAAGCUUUAUUCAAAAAGUUGUAUGGAACAGAAAAACAAUGUUUUCAGCUCCCACAUCCCAUUAAUAGCUUUUAUUCCGUCCGAUAAUUGCUGUGACUCUUACCGUGCAUUUUAUAGUGUACAUGUGCUUUACACAAGUUUGUUAUGAUUAACAAGUAAUAUCUGAGGACUUGCUUAUACUAUAGCAUAUAAUGAUAUAUAUAUAUUUUAUUUUGUUAAUAACGAUUUUCAAUAAUAGUAUUAUUACAUUUUAUAUACAAGAAAUAGUUUAUUGAGAAAUGUUACUAUGUGAUUAAUAAAGAUGUUUUUAAUCAGAA